AUGGACACUAAAAAUGGAUCACAAGCCAAAAACAAUCUACCAGUGCAAUAUCCAAUAAUAAUUGGUCGGUUCAUUCUCAAGAAAAUGUUCCGAAAAGAUGCCUCUUCAAAGUCGUCUAAAAGUAAAACACCAUACAUACCCUCACAGUAUCCAACUACUUCCGACAAACCCUCAUCAUUAAAGUCGUCGUCGUCACGCCCGUCUUCUCAUUCUGCAAAAUCAAAAUCUCAUCGCUUGAAUUUUCUCACUGGGCGGUCCUCAUCUUCCCAACCUAAAUCGCUAGUCUGGACGUUAUGGAACGUAACGCUCAACCUUCAUGUGAAUGAUAUAUUUGGGUUUGGUACUUUGGGCAAUGCUUUGAUUACUCUAGCUACAGCACAUUUCAGUUUUCUAGAGAGACAACCGCCAUUCAUAAGGUGGAGUAUCAUGAUGUGGGAAAUGGCAAUCGUUACUAUAUGUGUAGUCUAUAUUGGGCGACUAGUCGAUAUAGUUUUGGUUUUUGUGAAUAUUAUGAACGAUGGAGUAAGAGGAGUUGCUAGUAUAUUUGUUGGAGUUGUAUACCAUGUUGGCAUGUUGUUUAGCGUGGGUUUGUAA